GAAAGAAGAUUUUGACGUUGAUGUAAUUGUAUAACACUAACUGAAUGCGAUAUAAUUGUACAACACUACACCGACUAUAGAUGUGGGCUUGUCAUCAGUCUAAGACAAUUACGUUAGAAAAGGCGUAUAGUAUCAAAAACGGUCAUGCGAUGAAGUCAAGCCAUUUAAUUAACUACCGUUAUGUUUGUUUGGGCCGUUAUGCCUACUAAAGUGAAAAGAGCUAGAAGUCUGCUAACUACGAGCCGUGCGAAUUUCUUGAAACUUAUUUGUUUAACUAUUGGAAAAGGUCUAUUAGAUUCCAUAACGAGUACAGCCAACAGUGCAGAUUGUCCAGGUGUGUGUGUACAUGCAUUUGCAACGUUAAUAUGCUACGAAGUUCUUGAGCAUGUAGAAUGCCCUACUAGUAUGCGAUGUUGUAUUGAGGCACCUAUAAAUGGUACCGGAACUUCUGAAAAUGCUGUCUCUCCACAUGACGAUGAUUCUACUUCAACUAUUAUCACUACCGUUAAGACAACGACUACCACGAGCACAACAACACCUUCUACCACUACUGCACUUACAACUGUAUCUUCAACAACAUCUGUAAAAGCUACAUCCCAAAAACGUGUUCAGGAAUCUGUAUGGCAGAAAGAAUUGCUGAUUACUGCGAUGCGGUUCUGGUAAUAGAUACCCUUUGUAAGCCAGGAUACAAAUGUUGCGUAUCCAGAGAUGCAUUUGGGGAUUCACCUCCACCAGAACUACUAGUCAUCGACCGAGCGAAUUCAAGUCGUUUCGAUGAAAAGACUGGUCUCAACACAUCUUACAAAGGUUCCUCACCUUCUACAACUAUGAAGUCAAAUAUGAUUACUUCUACGAGCAUAGCUAGCACUACAAUAGCAACCACUACUACCACUAUAACGAAACAACCAACAACUACGAUAAGACCAAAGAUUACAGUGAGAAAGCCAUGUAAAGGUGAAUGCGUUAGUGGCUUCUUCGCUCUUUUGUGCGACAAAGUGGAUGGGGAAGCUGAAUGUCCUGAUGAUGGAUCUUGUUGUGUCAUCGAUGCUUUCUUAAAAACGGUAAAAAGAUGAAACUAUACACAAGUACAUNNNNGCCAACUACAAAACCGCCGGAACCAAAAUUGCAACCAUGCCCUGGAUUUUGCCUGUUAACCAUUAUGGCAGCUUUCUGUGAACGGCCAAACGUAAUAAUAGCGAAGACUUCGACUUGUCAAUCCGGAUAUAUUUGUUGUGACAACACGAAAAGCUCGCCGCAGACAAUAAACGUAGUGACACCAUCUUCUCCGUAUCAGACACCAAGGCCAAGGCCAAGGCCCACAGCAAGACCAUCAAUUACUACAGUUUCUUUACCAAGGGACACACGCGCAGAGUGUCCUGGAUCUUGUAUUGUUUCCUAUUUAUCGUUCACUUGUUUCAGAAAUGCCGAACUAACAAAUUUGUUCAAAUGUAAGAAACAAGGGCAUCAGUGUUGUGCUCCAAAAUCAUUGAUACGAGAAUUGAACGGUGGAAAUUCUACUGAAGCAAUUUUAAGUAAUAGAAACGACACUAUGUAUGUUACUUCAAGACCAUAUACAACACCACUUUCAACGUCUGUAUAUGAAACAACGACAAUGAUGACAACUAUGAGAAGCCCUGUGUACAGUAAAUACGUGUGUGGUGUAAAAGGAACUUCCCGUGGACCGAUCCAAGCACGUAGUCUUGAAAGAGGAGCUCGCGUUGUCGGAGGGGAAGAUGCAGAUGCUAAUGAAUGGUGCUGGCAAGUUGCUCUGAUUAAUUCCUUGAAUCAAUAUCUCUGUGGCGGUGCGCUCAUUGGCACGCAAUGGGUAUUGACUGCUGCACAUUGCGUAACAAACAUUGUAAGGUCUGGCGAUGCGAUUUAUGUAAGGGUAGGUGAUCACGAUUUGACAAGGAAAUACGGAAGUCCUGGUGCUCAAACUUUGCGAGUAGCAACCACUUACAUUCAUCACAAUCAUAACAGUCAAACUCUUGAUAAUGAUAUAGCACUAUUAAAACUUCAUGGACAAGCAGAACUUAAAGAUGGUGUUUGUUUAGUAUGUUUGCCUGCACGAGGGGUUAGCCAUACAGCUGGUAAACGAUGUACCGUCACUGGUUAUGGAUAUAUGGGAGAAGCUGGUCCUAUCCCGCUUCGUGUUCGAGAAGCGGAAAUACCAAUUGUAAGCGACGCAGAAUGCAUACGAAAAGUGAAUGCUGUAACUGAAAAAAUUUUCAUUUUGCCAGCAAGUAGUUUUUGUGCUGGUGGCGAACAAGGCAACGAUGCAUGCCAGGGCGAUGGAGGAGGUCCUUUAGUAUGCCAAGAUGAUGGAUUCUACGAAUUAGCUGGAUUGGUAUCAUGGGGCUUCGGUUGUGGAAGAUUGGAUGUUCCUGGAGUUUAUGUCAAAGUUUCGGCGUUCAUUGGUUGGAUCAAUCAAAUUAUUUCCGUAAAUAAUCUUUAGCUUUUUUAUGUUCUACUAAUAAAAGUUAAAGUAUUUAUUUAUUAAGAAAACAUUAUAGUACCUUUACGCGCUUGAUGACGUAACAUCUCGUGUGUUACGUAUCCAGCAAAGAUAACUAAGAAAAAUUUUCUUAAAUAUUAUUUAAUUAUAUAAAUUAAAAAAUGUGAAAAAAAAGAGAAAUCUUUUUGUAAAGGAAUGUUAUUUUGAAAAUAUUACGAUACUCGUAAUAUAUUUAUAAAGAUCGUAAUAAAUAAUAAUUAAUUACCUUUAAUAAUUAAAGGUAACUAAAAAUUUGUUUUAGCAAUAUAAUUUUAUAUAAUUAAUGCAGUAAACUUCCGUUUAUCCAAUAUUUUGAAUUAUUUGAAUUAUUAUCCAUUGUAUAUUGAAUUAUCUUUGCCAAACAUAAUAAAUGUCUAUAAUUUUGUAAGCUUUAGCAUUAAAAGAUUUUGGUAAAUAAAAGUCACAUACUUUUAAAAUAUCAAACAAUAAAUGUAAUUUUUGAGACAUUAAUAUCAAGAGGUAAAUAAAUUUUAUAUUUGUUAAUUAUUUAUGUAUAUGUUUUACAAAAUUUUAAUAAAUUGUAGUUAUUCAAAUAUAAUUUUAUAAUAUAAAAAAAACGAAAGUUUAUUGUAUCAAUUAAUAGAAUUAAAAUUUUAAUAUCAUUGGUAAAAAAUAGAUAUAUUAAGUUUAAUUUAUGAUUCUCUUUUGGUAAUCGUGCCAUCAAGUGCGUCAAUUUUAGACAAAAAAUGCUGUCUUACAUAAAGAUUUUUAGUUAAUAAUGAAAAUUAUAAAUUAUAAAAUUAUUGGUAAAUAUAAACUUACUUAAAAAUAUUAAUUAAAAAGUUAUAUAGAAGUACAAAAUAUUCAAACUUUGUGAAAUAUUAAAUAUAAACUAUAGAAUAUUAUUAUUUAUUGUAAUAUUUUUUUUAUUUUUCAAGAAUUUUAACAAGUAGAUUAAAAAGUAAAUCUAUUAUUAUGUAAAAUCUAUAAUAGAUUUUAAAUAGUUUCAAUGUUCAAAUAAGUAGAAGUAUGUAUCAUUUUAUUGCUUAUUUUAGCAACAGAAAGAUAAAACAUAAAAUCUCUUAAUUUUGAUUUUCCUUAUAUCUUUACCACCAAUUUUAUGGUUAAUUUAUUUAUAUUAUAUAUGUCAUUUAUUUAUAUUAAAUGACAUUACAAAUGAAAGUCAAUUUCAUAGAAAUUAAAGCAUUCUUGUUAAGGCCAAAAUAUAGUGAUACUGAAUUACUGUAAUAAAAAAUAUACAUAUUUAAAAUAAUAAUAAUAAUUUUGAUAAUCUUUAAUGAUAAUUUAUAUAAAACAUUGUAAUUGAUAUAACAUGUAUGUAUGUAUGUUUAUUUUUAUUAUUAUACAUAUGUAUAUUUAUAAGGUUUAUGAAAUUGGUUCUUUAUUAUAUAUAUAUAUAUAUAUAUAGUGUGUAUUAUAUAUAUAUAAUACACACAACACAUACACAUUGUGUAGAUUCAGAAUAGUUGGGGACAAUAAUAUUAUAUUGCUUUGUACAUUAUUGCUUCAUUCAUAUGUAUCUUCCAAGAUAUAAUUAUAAGAAUGUUUUAUUGAUUUAAGAAAGAAUGAAAUAUUAAAUGUGAAUAUAAAAGUUAGUUAUUAAGUGCUUUAAAUCUAUAAAACAUUACUGUAAAAAAUUUUUGACAAUUCAACAUAAAUAUUAUGUACCUUUAAAAAAUGGAUAUUAUUUUAUUACAAAUAUAAAUUUUUUAUUGCAAAUUAAUAUAAAAUUUGUUAUUUAUUAUAAGCUUAAUAUCGAUCAAUAAUAAACAGUCUGAAUACUUUUUCUUAUAAAAAUUAUUUCACGAUCCAUUUAAUAAUCAUAGCUUUUUCUUUAUUUCAUUCCAGUAAUAUUAAUUUAUUAUUCAUACAAUACUAUAAAUAAUUACAUAUCUUCUAAUUUAAUAAUCAAGCAAUUUAUUUAUAUCAUUUAUUAGUAUUCUGUAAUAGUAUUAAAAAUUAUAUGCAUAUUAUAUUAUAGAUUUCACAUUGCAUUGAAAAUUAAGAACUUAAAGAUAAAUUAAGUUAAAGUUUAAUUUAGAAUAGUAUGUAUUUUUAAAUGUUGAUGCUUUUGAAAGACAUCAAACAUUUUUAAAAUUGUUAUUAUUUUUGUUUAUAAAAUAAAUAGUUAUUAUUAGUAUUUAUUUUUAUUACAACAAAAAUUAUAUAUUAUGUACCAUCAUUUAGAAUAAUUAGUUGAAUUGUAGCUUGUAAUUAAUUAUAAAAUAAAAACAUUAAAUAGUAUUAACAUUUAAAUAUGUAAUAUAUAUAAAAUAAUCAAAUAAAUUGUUAAAUUUAUUUUUUUGGCAAAAUAAACAAUAAUAAAUAAUAGUUACUAACAAUAUUGUCAACUAUUUUACAGGAAACAACAAUAUACAUAUAUUUAAAUUUCUUUAUAUUGAAAUUUACAUAAAAAAUUAUAUUUUAAUAGAAAAACUAG